UCUUAAAGAAAACAAAAUGUUGAAAUAUUUAUUGCUGAUCACGUUUAUAGCCUGUGUUGCCGCAGUCGAUGAUGAUGCCCAUGCUCAUGUCAAUAAAGAAUUCAAAAAGGAAGAUGGUCAUGGUCAUUUCUCUUAUGGCUAUGAUAUCACUAACGGCAUAGGAGCCGAUGAGGCUGGCGAUCAAUCGGCUGUACAUGGUGAAUUUCAUUUUACUACCAAAGAAGGUGUUCCCGUUAAGGUUAGCUAUACAGCCGAUGCUAAUGGUUAUCAUCCUCAAGGAGAUGUUAUACCCACCGCACCACCCACACCGGCAGCCAUUUUAAAGGCUUUAGAUUAUAUAAACAGUCAUCCCAAAGCUGAGAAAAAUGAGGAGCAUAAAAAACAUCAUUAACUUUCGUCGAGAUAUUUAAAUUAUUUUUUUUAUUUGUUUUUAUUUUUUUACAAAA